GGGCGGAAGGGGCGGGCCUGCUUUCCUGCGGAGAAGGCGGAGGAAGAGGCGGAAGAAGGAAGCAAGGAGGACGGAGAAGAGGCCUCCCGAAGAGCCGGGGCCUUUCCUCGUUGAGAGCCCGCUUCAGCCCGGCUGCUAAUGCUUUCCUUUCGCCGCCAGAUGAAAGCUGCAUUUUGUUGGAUUCCUUCAAUUAGAAGCUUCUUUCCGACAAACAGAAAACAGAAAGCCUUUGACACAUCACCAAGAGAUUUCAAUGGGAGAGAACAAGGACAGUUGAAUAAAAUUUUGACGUCACUGCCAUUAGCUUGCAUCUGCUUUGACAGAUUCAGCAGCAGCUCUUGCUCAUGUUAAGAAGAUGCAGAAACUCCUCUGAUAAGCUGGGUUAUGAAAGAUAAGCCACCGAUAGAAGGUUUCUUACUUUUACAAUGGCGUGUUUCGAGGUAUAAUUGUCAAAGCCCUUGCCUUGAGAUCCAGGAAACCUAGGGAAGGCUGCCAUGGAGAAAAUGGCGAGAGUGACCACCGCCCUUGGCGGCAACACCAUCACCGGACGGACCAUGUUCUGCCACUUGGACGCCCCUUCCAAUGCCAUCAGCGUGUGCCGGGAUGCGGCCCAGGUUGUGGUGGCUGGGCGCAACAUCUUCAAGAUCUACUCCAUCGAGGAGGACCAGUUCGUAGAGAAGCUGAACCUGCGCGUCGGCCGUAAGCCCUCUCUGAACUUCAGCUGUGCCGACGUGGUCUGGCACCAGAUGGACGAGAACUUGCUGGCCACGGCAGCCACCAACGGCGUGGUGGUGACCUGGAACCUUGGCAAGCCCUCCCGCAACAAGCAGGACCAGCUCUUCACCGAACACAAGCGCACUGUCAACAAGGUGUGUUUCCACCCGACCGAAGUGUACAUGCUGCUCAGCGGCUCUCAGGACGGCUACAUGAAGUGCUUUGACUUGCGCAAGAAGGAUUCGGUGAGCACCUUCUCAGGACAAUCAGAAAGUGUGCGCGAUGUCCAGUUUAGCAUACGAGAUUACUUUACCUUUGCUGCAACUUUCGAAAAUGGCAACGUACAGCUGUGGGACAUCCGCCGUCCAGACCGCUAUGAAAGGAUGUUCACAGCCCACAAUGGACCCGUAUUCUGUUGUGACUGGCAUCCGGAGGACAGGGGUUGGCUUGCCACCGGAGGCAGAGACAAGAUGGUCAAGGUCUGGGACAUGAACACCAACCGGGCCAAAGAGAUCUACUGCGUGCAGACAAUUGCUUCUGUGGCCAGGGUCAAGUGGCGGCCAGAAUGCAAGCACCACAUUGCCACCUGCUCUAUGAUGGUGGACCACAACAUCUACGUCUGGGAUGUCCGCCGCCCGUUCAUUCCCUCAGCCAUGUUCGAAGAGCACAAAGACGUGACCACGGGGAUUGUGUGGCGGCACCUCCACGAUCCUUAUUUCCUCCUCUCUGGCUCCAAGGAUAGUACUCUUUACCAGCACAUCUUCAAAGAUGCUAGCCAGCCGAUUGACCGGGCAAACCCCGAAGGGCUUUGCUAUAGCCUCUUUGGGGACUUGGCUUUUGCGGCCAAAGAGAGCCUCAUCUCCUCGGAUUCUAACCGCAAGCCUUACAUCGGCGACCGGCGACACCCUAUUUUCUUCAAGCGCAAGUUAGACCCCACGGAGCAGUUCGAAUUCAUCUCCUCUUCCAGUGCCUUGAGUGUCUUCGAGGCAGAAACAGAGUGCGAUGUCGGGAGCAUGGACUGGUUUGUGCGGACUGCCAAGCAGUAUGUGUUGACAGGGAGACCUCUGGCGGAGCUGUGCGACCACAAUGCCAAAGUAGCCAAGGAGCUCAAACGCAAUCAGGUGGCUCAGACAUGGACAAUGCUCCGAGUUAUUUACUCCAGCCCCAGUGCAGUGUCCACCACGAACUUAAACCACAGCAUAGGAAAGAGUAGCUCCAAUCUCCCACUCAUGAAUAGCUUUAAUCUGAAAGAUAUUUCCUCUGGAAUAGGCAGCGAGUCAAGGCUAGAGCGGAGCAAGGGAGAGGGACGUCCUGAAAAUAUCCUCAUGGAUUCUUCCUCUACUUUGAUCAAUAAUGACGAGAACGAAGAAACCGAAGGAAGCGACGUCCCUGCAGAUUAUCUCCUUGGGGACGUGGAAGGAGAUGAAGACGAUCUGUACUUGUUGGACCAUGAGAAUCCCCACACCGAGGAGCAAGAGUAUAUCCUUCCCCAGGAGGCCUUCCCUUUGCGCCAUGAGAUUGUGGACAACCCCUCUGCGCUGGACCACUUGCAGGACAAAGCGGACUCCCCCCACGUCAGUGGUAACGAGGCCGAGACAGUGUCCCUGACGCCCGUGGAGUCGUUCUCCCUCAUUUCCAUCUCUCACUCCCUGUAUGAGAACCGCCUGCCGGCCGACUUCUUCAACCCCGUCGUGCGCAACAUGUUGCUCUUCUAUGCCGAGCAGGGAGAUGUGCAGAUGGCGGUGUCUGUGCUUAUUGUGCUGGGGGACCGCAUCCGGAAGGAGAUCGAUGACCAGGCGCAGGAACAUUGGUACACUUCCUACAUCGACCUGCUGCAGCGCUUCCAGUUGUGGAACAUCUCCAACGAAGUCAUCAAGUUGAGCACUUGCAGAGCCAUCAACUGCCUCAACCAGGCCUCCACCACCCUGCAUAUCAACUGCAGCAAUUGCAAGCGGCCCAUGAGCAACAAGGGAUGGAUUUGUGACCGGUGCCGGCAGUGCGCCAGCAUGUGCGCCGUGUGCCAUCACGUGGUGAAAGGCUUGUUUGUGUGGUGCCAGGGCUGCAGCCAUGGGGGCCACCUGCAGCACAUCAUGAAAUGGCUGGAAACCAGCUCUCACUGCCCAGCAGGAUGCGGACAUCUGUGCGAAUACACCUGAAGCACCUGGCGGCGCAUGUGGCCUGCUGCGGAGCAAAACGUGUUCCGGGGGCUGCUUAGCAAGAGAAUUGAAAGCCUGUGUUUGUGGAAGCAUUCGAACUCACUGUUCUUGGUGUGCUGGACAGCGGCAUGUGAGAGCUUAAUGGUUCAGAUGCUAAGAAGAGAAAGAUCCUCGCAUUAAUACUUCACCAAGGAUAGCGAAACCUCUGAUUCUCCGGUGAUUCUUCUGGAAAAUUUCACCUGCUCACUUUCUUCCAUUUAUUUAUUUUUUUACUGCUGUGUAAACAGUUUUUGGUUAUCACCUUUCUACAUAAACCUGCUUUUUAGUAAGUCAAGGUAGCACCCAGGGAGAUUUCACCCAUUUUUUAUACCGAAUUGAAAGAACGGAAUAAACUUUACUGUUUCGUA